AUGGAAUUGCGGGAAUUGAGCGACAAGGCGUUGUAUGGAGCCCAACGGAAGCAGAACGGCGGCUCGGGCGUGUCUGAGGACCCCGUUGUUCCCAUGCGUCCUUCCCGUGAGCAGCAGCAUGUGUCGCCGCGAAAUUCCUGGAUAUCACCUUCGAAACAUGCAGUACAUUUUGAGUCUUCGCCACUUCUACCACCCGCAGCAGAUGGUACCCAGUCAUUUCAGGAUCCAGAAGCCACGAUGGCGGGAGCGUUGCAUUGGGCAGUUUUGCAAGUGUGGAGUUUCCAAGGGGCGAGGAGAUUGCUGAAAGCGCAGAUGAUGCCUCUCUUGGGAAUACUAGGAGAGUGCGGCGCGGUGGGAUCGUCGGAAACGUGGUGA